AUGGACGCAGGUGCCACUGAGGCCCGCGGGUACGGAAGGACGACGCCCACCAGGGGAGUCGGGCUGCUGGGGUUACCACUUCUGCCACCAUGGAUUCGCACCCGGCCAUGGUGGUUUCCUGUGCAGGAACUGAGAAACCCUGUGUUGUUUUACCUGGAGGCAUGGCUGGCUGACUUUCUCUCAGCACAGACGGCCAUAGUUCCGAAAACGGAGUGGAUGAGCCUGGCCCCAUUGACGGUGGACACAGUUAAUGCCCGGAACUUAGUCGAAAUCACCGUCUUCGGAUGGCUGGAUGUAUACCAUCUGGUGAGUAGGCUCCUGAGCCUGGCGUCGAGGCACCAGGAGCAUCGUGCCCGAGCUGAGAAGAUGGUACAACUUGAGGAGUUCUUGAAGAUCCAUGCAUCAGGUCCCCAGACCCACCCAGCGCCCUGUUGCAUAAGAAGCAGAAUUCUUGGAGGAAAGAUUACCAAGAAUUCUGUGGCUUCAGACACGAAGUUGGAGUUGAUUCAACUCAUGCAGUUUAUUUACCUCUUAGCAGUAAUGGAUUCGAUUAUGGAUUACCGUUAG